UCCAAACCUCGGAGAAACCCUAGCUAAACAAGGGCGGCCGCGUCGAUGGCCGGGUACCGCAGCCGAAGCCGGAGCCGGAGCUACAGCCCGCGCAGGCGCUACAGCCGGAGCCCUCCCCGCUACAAGCACUACGACGACCCGCGCGACCGCUACCGCGGGGGCGGGGGCGGCGGCGGCGGCGGCGGCGGCGGCGGCGGAGGGCCCCGCCGCGGGUACGACUACGACCGACCGUCGGCGCCGACCGGGCUCCUGGUCCGAAACAUUUCCCUCACCGCCAGGCUAGAAGACAUUCGAGGUCCAUUCGAGCAAUUUGGCCCUAUAAAGGAUGUUUACCUUCCAAGGAAUUUCCACACAAAUGAACUACGUGGUUUCGGGUUUGUGAAAUUCCGCCACCCUGAGGAUGCUGCAUAUGCCAAGCAAGAAAUGAAUCAUCAAGUUAUAUGUGGUCGAGAGAUUACAAUAGUCUUUGCUGAGGAGAAUAGAAAAACCCCACAAGAAAUGCGCUUCAGAACAAGAUCAAGGCCUAUGGAUGGAAACUUCAGAAGAAGGCAGUCUCUAUCAAGAUCCCCAAGGUCUCGUCGUCCCUCUUAUUCCCCUGGACCAUCUCCUGUUAGGCAGUACUCAAGGAACCGUAGCAAAUAUUCUCCUGAGGGGUCAUACUCUCCACAUGCUCGGGACAAGAGGCAGCAUAGGGCAAAUGGUCGAUCUCCUAGCCCCGAUGGAGAUAGGCGUAGGAUGUCACCCUCCAAUAAUGGACAUGGUCCGCCAGUUGACAGGAGGAGCCCAACUUGAUCUUUGCACCUAAAGACUGGGGUGAAUUUCAGUUUGAGAAUCCUUGAUGGGGAGGUGGGAGCUGAGUACUACAUUAUGUCAUGUAACUGUUGCAGUGCCUUCUUUUCCACUGUUUUCUAGAAUAGAUCGAUAUGUUUUGUAAUGAACAGACUUGUGUUCUAAAUCCAGUCAUCAAGUACUUACAUGUUUAAUCAGAACCGUUUGUGACAUCUUGUGGGAUCUGUUUCCCUAUAUUCAACUGGUUCUUUGUGUCUUUUUGAAGU